AUGGGUUGGUUCUGGGGCAGUUCGAACCAAGAUGAUCCUGUCAAGAGGCUUGACCCGGGCCUCAGAGAGUACCUUGAAAAUGAAGCUCCAGCAAAAUACGUGCCUACGACAUCGAUUCCUUCUACGCAAGAACCUUCAAAGACAAUAGAUUCUCAAACACAAGCACCAAAGCCAAGCGCAUCUGCCGAAGCUGGCGAGCCCUCGCAACCUUCCGUUCCCUCCGCUUCACUCUUCCCCGAUGGCCGAUAUGCUCACCUGUGGAAAACCUACAAGCCUCCUCAGGAAGAGGGCGGAUCAGAAUCGAAGGGCGCGGAAAGGGUGAUCGAGAAAUACAAGAAGCAUAAUGACACCGUGCACCGGGCAGCCAUGGAAAAUUGCGCAUUGGAGCAUGAAGCCUUGACCUUAUGUUUCCAGACCGGUAAUUGGCAGAAGCGACUGCAGGCUCGUGUGACUUCCUGCUCCGAGGAAAACGCAACGUUCUCUCGUUGCUUCACCACUCAAUCUAAAUUCCUCCAGGCAUUAGGCUACGCCGCCUCAUUCGAUUGGGACGAGGAAAAGGAAGAACGGAUUCAAAUGCAUGCGGAUAAACUAUACCACCAGAUGCUGGAUUAUGAGAAGCGAGUCGCGGAGUGUCGGGCGGCUGGUCAGGAACCACCGCCCCUCACAUCGCUCUUCAACCCGCAGGCGAAGCCCCAGCAACUCAAAUCCCACGAUACCCCGGGUAGUCUUGAGGUCCCCGGUGGUGAGGAGAUUCCGCCCGGAUUCAAACCGUCGAAGCCACUGGAGCAACUUACACCCCAUGAGAGGGAAUUGGAGAUCCGGGCACACAAUGCGCAGAUCGAACAACAGAAGAUGUAUGUGCAAGAGGCCAGUCCGUUCAUGAAGACACAGGAGGAUGCACGUUUGAAACGGCGCGAGAGGGCUGUCAGUUGGUUUGGAGAGACGAUUGCUUUUGUGCGCACCAUGAAGGCUACGCCAUUGCUCAUCGCGUGGCACAAUGACAAUGCCCCAAUCUACUCGGUCCAUUUCGACCCCAAUGGUAAAGGGCGCCUUGCUACGGCUGGAAAUGAUAACAAUGUUCGACUAUGGAAAGUCGAGUCUACAGGUGAAGAUCGAAAGGUGACCUAUCUAAGCACACUUGUGAAACACACACAGGCCGUCAAUGUGGUCCGCUUCAGCCCGAAAGGCGAGAUGCUGGCAUCUGCAGGAGAUGACGGGAACGUUCUUCUCUGGGUCCCGUCAGAGCUGCAGACCCAGCCUGGGUUAGGGGAGGACCGGUCGGACGACAAGGAAACGUGGCGUGUGAAGCAUAUGUGCCGGUCCUCCGGUGCUGAGAUUUAUGACCUUGCGUGGUCUCCAGACGGGGUCUUCAUUAUCACAGGGAGCAUGGACAACAUUGCUCGAAUAUACAAUGCGCAGACUGGGCAAAUGGUUCGGCAGAUUGCAGAGCAUUCGCACUACGUCCAAGGAGUGGCUUGGGAUCCUCUGAAUGAAUUUGUUGCUACCCAGUCAUCGGAUCGAUCUGUCCACAUCUACAGCUUGAAGACAAAGGAUGGCCAAUUCACAUUAACGUCUCACGGGAAGUUCCUGAAGAUGGAUCUUCCAGCCAAACGCAUCUCGUCCAGCAGCCCUGCUCCGCCUGACCUUUCUAUUCGGUCCCAGCCCGCAACAGGCAAUUCCAUUGCUAUUGCUUCUCCCGCUACCUCGACUCCGGGUACACCAUUGACCUAUCAUUUGCCUAUGGAUCCUCCUCCGGUAUCUCAUAGUCGCCGUUCUUCCUUUGGCUCAUCACCCUCGAUUCGCCGCUCUGCAUCUCCGGCACCUUCCCUGCCAUUACCCGCCGUCAAGCCACUAGAAGUAGCCUCGCCAAACGUCCUGGGUGGUCUCACAGUCAAGAACGCCAACAUCUAUGCCAAUGAGACUUUCACGUCAUUCUUCAGGCGACUGACAUUCACCCCUGAUGGAAGUCUACUGUUCACUCCAGCUGGCCAGUACAAGACCUCGCAUGUUCCUGCCACAGAUCCCACAAAAACCACAGAUGAGAUCAUUAACACAGUGUACGUCUACACCCGUGCAGGCUUCAACAAGCCCCCUGUCUCUCAUCUGCCGGGCCAUAAGAAGCCCUCCGUUGCGGUUAAGUGCUCUCCAAUUCUGUAUACUUUGCGCAAGGCUCCUCAGCCUGCCCGACAUAUUACCCUGGAUACCUCCUCUGGGGAAGAAUCCUUUGCAUCUCUUCCUGAACCAGCAGUUUCCACGAAGGCGACGCCUGACAAGCCUUCCAUGGAGCCUCCGUCGUCGACUCCUUCUGCAAGCGAGUUGUCUAAAGCUAACACUGCGUCCAAAAACGCCGAGGGUGAAGGAGCUUCUGCUGGCCAGAGUCCGAGUCCGGUUUUCUCGUUACCAUACCGGAUUGUGUACGCGGUGGCUACGCAGGACGCCGUUUUGGUGUACGACACGCAACAACAGACUCCCUUGUGUGUUGUGAGCAACUUGCAUUUUGCGACAUUUACAGAUCUGACAUGGUCGAAUGAUGGCUUAACAUUAAUAAUGAGCUCCUCUGACGGCUUCUGCUCAACGUUGUCAUUUGCCCCCGGAGAGUUGGGCCAGCCGUAUACAGCUCCAGUUGGAGCAGCUCAGCAUCCUGCGAACGCUGGCACGACUUCCGCAAAUCAAGCACCACUACCGUCCUCGGCCAAUAUCCCCUCGCCCCUCAAGUUGAGCCAACCCUCUUUGAGCUCGACACCGGUCCAGCCAGCCGAAGUACCUCCAGCAAGUCCCGCACGAUCCAACUCCACCUGUUCAAUGACUGCACAAUCUCCCGUUCAACAGGCAACGGCCCAGCAAUCGGGCACUUCUGUGGUCAACAAUCCAACACCCACUCUAGGAUCAGUGCCGCUCGUCACUGCCACUAAUUCGGCUCAACCCCCGAUUCUGCCGCUUACUACACCACCCCAGACACCAAUGUCUGCAGUGUCGCAAAGUGGGACGAACUCUGUGAGCAACAGUGUGUUGGGUAAAAGAGACAUCAGCGAGUCUGAGAAGGAGGACCCAAAGGACCAGAACUCGGUCCCGCAAGUACAACAGCCGAAGAAGAGACGUGUAGCCCCUACUCUUAUUUCCGCCGGCACGAAUUCUAAUCCUCCCCCUUCCUCUUCACCUCCGAACGAUGAAUCUUAUAAUGCCGGCGUUGGUGGCUGA